AUGCAAUUGUCAUUUACCUCCUCAGAUCUCCCUGUAGCUACAGUAGCUGUUGUGUCUCCUCAACCUCCCUACUAUGCUGGAGACAAAGUCACUCUGAGGUGUGAUAUAGCAGAGCACACAUACUAUUACUGGUAUAAAGACAAUCUAUUUAAGGAGAACAAAAAGACCCUCACCAUUCCUCUCCCUGAUCAUGCUGGCCAGUACACAUGUGAAGGAUAUAGAAGUGAUAGGAAACUGUAUUCUCAGAGGAGUGCUCCUGUCUCUAUCAGUGUCACAGACCUGCCCACAGCUAAAGUUACUGCAGAGCCCCAGAGUCCUGUGUUCACUGGAGAGACGGUCACUCUGAAGUGUGUGAUAGAGUCUCUCAGUGGCUGGACAUAUAAGUGGUAUAAGGCGUCCAGCACAACCCCAGUGUCUGAGGGAAACACCUUCACCAUCAGAGGAGCUGCUGAGUCUCAUAAGGGCCAGUACUGGUGUCAGGGGGAGAGGAGAGACAGACCCACAUCAUCACAACCAAGCAGGAGAAUUACUAUUGAUGUUAAAGCUCUGCCCACAGCUACAGUAACAGAGUCUCCUGAGGGUCCAUACUACCCUGGAGAUAAGGUCACUCUGAGGUGUGAUAUUGCAGAGCACACAGACUGGAAUUGGUAUUACUGGUACAGAGAUGGAAAUUCCAUUACAAAUUGGGGACGUCAGGCCAUCACCAUUUCCCUCCCUGAUCAAGCUGGCCAGUACACAUGUGAAGGGAGCAGAAGAAAUAGACCAAAGACUUCCCAGCGUAGUACUGCUGCCUCUAUCAGUGCAAGAUCUUUUCCAGUACCUACAUUGACUGUACAACGCAGUCCUGUGUUUACUGGAGAAACAGUCACUUUGACAUGUGGAAUACAGCCUUCAACUGGCUGGUCAUAUAGGUGGAAUAGGCACCAGUCAUCCAAGGUCAACACCUACACCAUCAGUGAAGCCACUUUGUCUCAUCAGGGGGAGUAUAAGUGCUAUGGAGUGAGGGACAGAAGCUGGAAAUCAUCACAUUACAGCAACACUGUUCAGCUUACAGUGAAAGCGCCACCUUUGGCUACACUGACUGUAGAGCCCCAGGGUCCUGUGUUCACUGGAGAGAUGGUCACUCUGAAGUGUGUGAUAGAGUCUCUCAGUGGCUGGACAUAUAAGUGGUAUAAGGAGUCUAGCACAACCCCAGUGUCUGUGGAAAACACCUUCACCAUCACUGCAGCAGCUGAGUCUCAUAAGGGCCAGUACUGGUGUCAGGGGGAGAGGAGAGACAGACCCACAUCAUCACAACCAAGCAGGAGAAUUACUAUUGAUGUUAAAGCAUCAAAGCCCAAACUCACAUUAAGUCCAGACCACCAGCUCCUCACAGGAGACUCAGUGACUCUGAGAUGUGAGUUGGGUGUUUCCUCUGGUUUGGUGUUCUACUGGUACAGAGACAAACAGAUCUCUGAUCCUGUGAACCAGACUGAUGGAGACUCUUACAGCAUCAGCUCUGUUAAAGUCUCUGAUGGAGGACGGUACUGGUGCAGAGCUGGGAGAGGAGACCCAGUCUUCUACACUCAAUAUAGUGAUGCAGCUGAAAUAAAGGUUACAGAUGCUGGGUCCUCUAAGUUGGUGGUAGCAGUGGGUGUGGUGAUUGGACUGCUUUUUGUCUUUGCUCUGGUCAUUUUAAUGGUCCUGAUGUAUCGCUCCCAAAAAGCAAAGGGUUCAGUUUCAGUGACGGCAAACCUUGUUCAGCAGCAGAGUGACAGUCACAGUCCAACCUCACAGAACAGAGUUUUAGAAUUGUGUGCUGUUGCUGGGGCCAGUGAUGUGCUCUAUGCUGAGAUUGAGCUGAAGGAUACAGACAAGGAAGACAAGAAAAAGAAAGAAGCCAAGAGAAGUGCAACCCUGCCCCACACUCUGUACUCAAUCCUGAGGCCAGUGAAGAGUCCAGUAGUCUCAGAUGGAGGUGGGGACGGGUCCAGUGAUGUGACAUAUGCCAACGUUAAAUCAAAGAAACGCAAGAAACAAGAUUCAGCUGGCCCCAGUGAUGUCACAUAUGCUGAUGUGCAGAUUAAGAUGAAACCACUGGGCAGCAGAGCUAAACCAACAAACCAACCAGAGGAACAUCUGUAUUCUGCUGUGAAGCCUGGUUGUUCAUCAAAUAAAGAAUAAUACAUUUAAACAAUAAAUUAAAAACAUUCAA